CCGUCUUGCCGUCCAGCCCGUCCUUGGUGUGUGGUGCUUGGAAGUGUGAGUCCCUCUCUGGCUGCUCGCCGGCCCGAGGGUCGGCGUUUCCGGCGGCCCCCCGGUUCAGUCAUCAGCUCUCCCUUCCGGUGCCGGAACUAUCGUACCAGAGCCCGGGUUUCCAGCCGGUGGAGUGAGGAGGAAGCUGAAACCGGACCGCGCUCACCUCUGGGGAAAGGAAGGGGGCGGGCGUUGCGCGCGGCAUUUUGGGAACGCGUGGUAUUCUGGGAGCGCGGGGCCCGCCAUUCGCAUACCUCACGCUUUGGCCGUCGUAUCGUUCUCCGCCUCACCAAAGAGAAGGAAGAGGAGACCGGAGCCGAGCUCUAUUCCUGCCAAGAUGUCUAUUGGUGUGCCGAUUAAAGUCCUACAUGAGGCAGAGGGCCACAUCGUGACAUGUGAGACGAACACUGGUGAAGUAUAUCGGGGAAAGCUCAUUGAAGCAGAGGACAACAUGAACUGCCAGAUGUCCAACAUCACUGUCACGUACAGAGAUGGCCGAGUGGCACAACUGGAGCAGGUGUACAUCCGUGGCAGCAAGAUCCGCUUUCUGAUAUUGCCUGACAUGCUGAAAAAUGCACCCAUGUUAAAGAGCAUGAAAAAUAAAAAUCAAGGCUCAGGAGCUGGCCGGGGAAAAGCUGCUAUUCUGAAGGCCCAAGUGGCUGCAAGAGGAAGAGGACGUGGAAUGGGACGUGGAAACAUCUUCCAGAAGCGAAGAUAAUUUUCUCUGUUGAACAGAACUUUGCGCUUUUUUCUUUUAGGUUAUCUGAGUUCGUGGGGGUGGGUGUUUGUGUAUAUGUCCUAGGUAUUGUUUUGACAUCUUUCUCUUUAGAUCAGAGGAAAUGUUGAACUAAAUAAAUCUGAUUGUUUGGUUGUUUUUUUUUUCUUUGAGAAUA